AUGAACAUCAGGAUUGAAAAAAUUAUAUGCCUUUUUGGUUGUUUAUGUUAUUGGAUGAAUUUUACAAAUUCGACAAAUUUAAAAAUUGUUGGAGGACGAAGAAUUCGAAUUUCAUCAAGACCAUAUAUGGUAUCUAUCCAUGAAAAAAAUGGUGAAUUAAUAUGUGGUGGUACUGUAUUAUCACCACGAUGGGUAUUGACAGCUCUUCAUUGUUUCACAGAUUCAGAUGAUUUAAAAAAUUAUUAUCUUCGAGCUGGAACAUCAUUUUCAAAUAGAGCUGGAUCAGUUCGUUCGAUAAGAAAAUUAGUAAUUUAUAAUGAUACCAUGCAUGAAGAUAUUCCAUUUUUACCAAUUCAUGAUAUUAUUUUAAUAAGACUUAAUCCAAAAUAUCUAAGAACAGUUCGUGUUAAUAAAGUGAAUAUUGAUAAAUGCAUUGAAAAAAUGCCAUUGUAUAAUGGAAUUAUAAAUAACAUUUCACAUUUAUGUUAUGGACAAAGAAAUCGUGAUUCUUGUAAUGGUGAUUCAGGUGGACCAUUGACAAAUAAAUUAAAAAUUCAUGGAAUAGUAUCAUUUGGUAUUAAAUGUGGCGUUAAUCCUGGUGUCUAUGUAAAAGUAUCACACUAUAUAAAAUGGAUUUUACAAACAAUAUUACCAAAAAAAGGUAAUUCACAAAAAAAACCCUAA